AUGACUGAAAUGGGGGAUGAAUUCGAUAUUUAUAAUGACGAUAACUUUGGUGCAAAUGAUGUACAAGACGAUUUAUAUGCAGAGAUUUUAGAAGAUGAUAACCGUCCAUUAAAGCGCAGCAGGAGAGAUACUGAUCUGAAUUAUGAUCACUCUGAACAUCAUACAGGACAUGAAGAAAAGGAUGAUGGUGAUGAUUUGUUCGCAGAUUUUGGGGAAGGAGAUAAGAGAUAUGAAGUGAAAAUGGAAUCAAACGAAGAAGUUCAAAUGAUGAUUUCACAUAAUCCUCAUGAAGGUCGUACGAACAAUAAUAUACCGCGAGUAUCUUCGUCCAGCAAUGUAGGACAGCAACAUAUGCAAGAGCGUAGAGCGGCUGCAAAUGCCACAAACGCAUUAUAUAUUGGUGAUUUAAAUUGGUGGACCACUGAUGAAGAUCUUCGUAAUGUCGCUCGUGAAGUUGGAGUUGCAAAUGAUUUAUUAGAAAUCACUUUUUAUGAACAUAAAGUUAAUGGAAAAUCUAGAGGUAAAGUUCAAGAUAGAUUGGAAUCAAUUGAAAUCACUGGUAAAAAGUGUCUUGUUAACUUCACUAGUUCAGCUAAUGGAAAUCCAUUCAAGACGGUCCCUAAAGAACCUCCAUCAAAAGGUCGUCAAGCAAUGCAACAACAACCAUCCAUACAAAGAGCGUCCGCUAAUCUGCCCACACGUCCUCAGGGUUUGAGACCAGCAAUUGAUUUUCAUCAAUCUCGUGGUGGAUUUCGGGGUGGACAAAUGGUUACUAGCCAAAGAGAUUUCUUUGCACCACCAAUUGCACCUUCAGCAGCAUAUACAGGGUUUGCCACCACUGGCAGAAGUGGAUAUAUGAAUGGAUUUGGGGCCACUGGAGACGCAUCGUAUAAUAUGAAUCCUAUGAUGUCCCGCGGAGGAAUGAUGGGUAUGCGAGGUCAACCUGUUGGACCAGUUAGGCGUGGAAUGAUGGGCGGGCGUGGAGUAAUGCGUGGAGGAUAUGGAGAAGAUUAUAUGAGUGGAAACAUGGGUACUGGUAUGGGAGCAAAUAUGGGUGGAUUUAAUGCAGCUCCAGGGUACCCAGCUCCACAUUUUAAUCCCGCAUUUUUUGAUCAAGGAUUUGGUGGUGAUGAUGUACCUGUUGCACCACGAGGACAAAGAGGUUACGAUGGGAUAACUCAUGGUAUGAAAAGAACCCGUGAAGAUGAUGAUCGUGGACACAUGGAUGGAAGAGCUUCAUUUAUAAGAUGGAAACAAGCAGAUAUUCACGCUAAACGAGAAGAAAGGGCACGAAAAAUUGAAUUUCUUAAACAGCAAAUAUCUCAGAAUGAGAGUUUGCUUGAGAGAAUAAGUAACAUGGUCAAGCAGUUAGAAAUGGAAGGGAUCGACUCUUUUAUGAGAACUAUAGAGCAAUUACUAAAAAUUCAGGAAGAAGUUAAACAUGAGAGUCCAGAUAAAACUGGAUUUGAUAAAGCUGUCGUUAAUACUGUGAAAAGGCCAGAAUUGACGAAACCUAAAAAGAAAACAGCAAAGAAAACCAAAGAUGUUGAAGUUCUAAAUCCUAACGUACAAAUGAAACCUCUAGAUGACAAGAAUGUAAUCCUUUCUGAUAUUGCAAGACAAUUUGCAGAAAUUAAUGAUUACGACAAAAGUUUACAAUUCAUAACAAAACAUCCUGAAGUAGUUUCUCAGGAAGUUGUGGAUCAAAUACUGGGAGAAGCAUUUAGAGCGCAAUUGAAGGGUAAAGCUAAAUAUGCCAAAAGGUGUGUUCAUCAAGGAUGGUUAUUACAAUACUGUCAAAAAUUAGGUAAAGACGGAGUCACUAUAUUUUUCAAAAGAAUUUCUUCACCUGAUCCACAAGCACGUGAGAUUUUUCUCAAAGAUGUUAAUGAGACUUAUGAACGUAUUAUUGAACGUUGUAAAGUUAUGAAUGAAGAAAAACCUCAACAAACCCAAGUUGAACAAAUUCAAAUAGAAAUCACGGAUCCUAAUUCUUCUCUCAAUGUUCGUAUCCCAGACGAAAAUUCUGAUAAAUAUCCAAUUUACAUGACUCUUCCCGAAGAUUUUCGGGAAGCAUUGAAAACGGAUGACAUAAAGAAAAUUAAUAAGGUAUUGGGAGAAAUGAGUAGUGAGGAUGCAGAAAAAGUUUUGGAAAUAUGUGGAGAAGCAGAAGUUUUAACAAUCGAAGAAACUUUAACAGUUGAAGAACCUUCAACAAUCAAAAAAUCUGAAGAAUCUUGA